UCAAAAAAUGGCUUUCUUCUUUUCUUUUUAAACAACACAUUUUAAGCACUACAGGUUUGCCGUUUUAAACAGCUCCGCGAUUUUUAAGCAUCUUUUAGACUCAUAUAAGAAAAUAUUGCCGUUUAGCGAAAGUGAAAGUACAGCUCGAGUCUAACAUGGCAGACUGCAGUGACGAGGACAUCACAGACAGACCAUCUCUUCUCGAAUCAGACUUAACGUGUCCUGUGUGUAAAGACAUUUUUAGGGAACCCGUGUUGCUCUCGUGUAGCCACAGUUUCUGUCGGCAAUGUCUGGAGAGCAGUUGGAAGAACCAGACGAAAAAGCAAUGCCCGUUGUGCCGAAAAUGCUGCGACGGAGAGACACCGAUCCCCAACCGCGCACUGGACAACACUUGCGUAUCCUAUAAAAAGGAGAGGAACUGGAGAACAGGAGGUCCUAUCGAUGAGAUCAUCUGUGGUUUGCACCAGCGCCCCUUCCAGCUCUUCUGCAUUAAAGACGAGGAACCUGUGUGCGUGGACUGCGUGACGCUUCACCCAGGACACGAGCUGGUGCCGAUAGAACAGGGAGUGCCUUUCUGCAAGGAUGAGCUUAACAUGAAAAUAAAAAUACUGGAAAGUAAGCAGGACUCCUUCAAAAGAAUGAAAAAAAGAUAUAGAGACACAAUCUCCUUUAUUGAGGGCCAGACUAAAGAGGCAGAAACGCAAAUCAAGCAGGAGUUUGAGAGACUCCGUCAGGUCUUAACUGAUGAGGAGACAUCUAGAAUUAAUGCUUUGUAUAGAGAAGAAAAUGAGAAGAGGCUGAUGAUGAAUGAAAGUAUUGAAAGCAUCACUCGUGAUAUUUCAGCUCUUGCAGAAUUGAUUCAAUCAGUAAAGAGGGAAAUGGGAGCCGAGGAAUUGACUUUCCUUCAGAACUUCCAGAAGCUAAAAAGACGAACCCAGUGGACUGGUGAUGAACCAAAGAAGGUUGAAGGAGCUCUCAUUAACAUGGCCAAGCAUGUAGGUGCUUUGGGUUACAAAAUCUGGGAAAAUAUGCAAUCUCAUAUCACAUGUUUGCCUGUAAUCCUGGAUCCCAACACAGUCUCGCCUUGGCUCUCUAUAUCUCCUGAUUUUUCCAGUGUGCAAGAGAGUCAGGAGAGGCAGUCUUUCCCAGACAACCCUGAGAGGUUCGAUCCCUGUGUUUUUGUUCUUGGUUCGGAAGGUUUCUCCUCAGGGCGCCACCGUUGGGAGGUCCGAGUGGCUGACCACCCCAAAUGGAUCUUGGGAGUAUGCAAGGAGUCAGUAGUUCGGAAGAGGAAGUUCACAGUGACUACAAAAGCAGGAGUGUGGACCAUCGGCCUGAGUAAAGGGGUCUACAAUGCUCUGACCACUCCACGCACUGUGCUGAAUCUAGAGAGAAGGCCCGAAACCAUCAGAGUAAAGGUCAAUAUGGAGAAGGGAGAAGUGUCAUUCUGGGAUACAGGCAACAACAAGCACCUGUGCACGUAUAAUGAUAAGUUCACUGAAAAGCUGUUUCCCAUCUUUGGCCCAGGGCUCCAGAGCACACCCAUCUCUAUCUUGCCUGCUAAAGUGAGCAUAAACAAACAAUAAGUAAACAUGCUAACAUCUAAGCCUGGUAAGGCUGAAGAGUCUAAAACCUCAUCUAAAGUUGAUAUA